AGCUGGACUGGAAGAGGGGCAACCGGGACAGAAUCCGGCGCCCCCACAUUCUCUCUCUUAUUAGGCAUGUGAGGCUGUUUCUGAUGCUUGGAAGCUAUCCUGUCAGCUGCAAAGAUGGUAAUAAACCUUUGUCUCCCACAGUUCAGACCAAGAAUCCACUGCAACAAGAUAUCAGCUGAUGGUUAUGAAGUAGAAAAUCUCAUCUCUGAAGACCCCACAAAGAGAAACCAUGGCUUUAGGACAGAGUAUUUCAUUAAGCCACCAGUCUACGUGACAGUGUCCUUUCCCUUUAAUGUGGAAAUCUGUAGGAUUAACAUAGAUGUCACAGCUGGGGGCGGUCAGAACGUCACAGGCCUGGAAGUGUACACAUCCGCCUUAGCCAGCAGAGCAUCUUGGAGUACGCCUGAGUGCCAGACCCUGGGCCCAGCUGAGCCACCUGUCCCGGACAAGGAGGCCUUCACUUUGGUAGGCAAAGUCGUACUGAAACACCAGAGCCAAGUGGUGUUUAGCCACAGGGGCUUCAAGGCCAGGCCACCUUUUGGACCAGUGGAAGUCACACUCCUCUCCCCUGCUGUUGUGGCACAGGAGCUCUGGAAUAAAGGGACUCUUUCCCUUAGCCACGUGGCCCACCUCAAGAUCUGCAUCACCCACACGACAGGUGGCGGUGUCCCUUGCAUCAAACGGUUGGAAGUGUGGGGUCAGCCGGCCAAGACCUGCUCUCAGGAGGUGAUAGACAGCAUCCUGCUGGUUGCCUCAGAGAGCCUGCCGCAGGACCUGGCUCCUCAGGCCCCAGCCUUGCCCAUGGAGAGUGACUGUGACCCCGGGGGGCAGUUGGAGGGCCAGGAGGCCCCCUCCAGCCUGCAGGAGCUGGCUGAGGGAAUUCAGGAUGUGCCUGAGGAGUUCCUGGAUCCUAUCACCCUGGAGAUCAUGCCUUGCCCCAUGCUGCUGCCCUCGGGUAAGGUCAUCGACCAGAGCACGCUGGAGAAGUGUAACCGCAGUGAAGCCGCGUGGGGCCGAGUGCCCAGCGACCCUUUCACGGGAGUAGCCUUCACUGCACACUCCCAACCCCUGCCUCACCCCUCCCUGAAGGCCCGGAUCGACCACUUCCUGCUCCAGCACUCCAUCCCUGGCUGCCACCUGCUUGGGAGAGCACAGACUGCAUUAGCAGUGACCCCUUCUUCCAUUGCUCUGCCCUCUCGGAAGCGGAAGAUGGAACUGGCUGAACACGCCCCAGAUAGUAGCCUUGGUGUCAGUGCUUCCUGUUUUUCUACCACAAGCCCUCCGGUCUUACCCACUACCUCAGAGCACACCGCUAAGAAAAUGAAAGCCAGCAGUGAGCUCGGCUUCACGCACAUGGACUGCUCAACAGGUCCUGUGUCCCAUGAGCAGAAGCUGUCACAAAGCUUGGAAAUUGCCUUGACGUCCACCCUUGGCACCAUGCCUUCCUUCACAGCCCGGUUGACCAAGGGGCAGCUCCAGCACCUGGGCACAAGAGGGAGCAGUGCUUCUGGGAGGCCAGGCUCCAACUCAGAGCAGCCUGGGAGCAUUCCAGGCCCCAAGUGUGCCUCCUGCGACAGCGUGUUUUCUCCCUACUUCAAAAAGGAGCCCGUGUACCAGCUUCCCUGUGGCCAUCUCCUGUGCCGCCCCUGCCUGGGUGAGAAGCAGCGCUCCCUGCCCAUGACGUGCAUGGCCUGCCAGCGGCCAUUCGCCAGCCAGGACGUGCUACGGGUCCACUUCUGAGCGACUGCCUCAAGCGGAAGACCUAUUCCCAGCCGGAGCUGAGAGAGAGGAGCCCCAGGUCAUGGCUCCCUGAGCCGGGCCAGGUUCCAGGCUUAGAGCGGCCUUUUCUCCCCCAGGGGGCUUUCCUCUAUCACCUCACAGUUGUAGCACACCAAGUGAGGGGCCGGGCAGGGCCCUCCACUCCCGCUCAAGUGGCAAUAGGAUAACAAAGCCAUAGGCUGGGCCCGGAGGGCUUGGCCCGCCCUCCUGUGCCUCCCAAGAGCCCAGGGCCUGCUGGAGCCAGGCCCACCCUGGCAGGAGCUCCCCUGCUCAGAGCCCCCAGGUUGUGUUCAGUGCCCUCACACAGUGGGGCUCCGCCUGCAGGGUCGCCCAGAGCGGGCCUGGAGCAUGGGCUGUGUAGAGCCUGACGCAGCCCCCAAGGACAGAUGCUCCAAGCCUUAAUAAAGUGAUGGUGACGUCCGCUGUGGGCUCCCUCCUGGCAGAGCACUUGUUUGUGUCGUCACAUUCUGUCCCCCUCACUCCCCGCAUCACAUGGGAAGAAAGAACUGUCACAGGGCAGCCACCUGUCAGGCGGUGAUUCAUGGAAAACUCGAGCUCUGAGAUCUGUCCUGUGUGUGAGGGCCCAGAAUCGGGUUUGCAGGUGGGUGGGUGCGGUUGGCCGGAGGCAGGGGCCCCGCCUCCCUCUGGCCCAGCACCCGCUAAGCUGGGCCUCUAAGGGGAUGUGUGUAGCCAUUGCAGGGAAAAUACUUGUUCUUAGGCUACAUUUUUUUUUUCCAGUUUAGCUUUAGGGAGCCCCAGAUGGAAAGUAUGUAUCUUGACAGCUCUGUUGGCUGUCACGUGGAUCGUGGAUCAUAGUCACAGUAGCCUGUCAGGAAAUGGACCCUGCUCCUCCAGCGCCUUCCAAGCACGUUUGAGAAGGAGCAGUCCAGAGAUGUCUUGUUUCAUGCUUGAACCCACCAGCAGGCCCUGUGGACAGGACAGGCCAAGGGCCGCACAUCCUGCUCCCUGCAGGCCCUCUGGGGCUCCAGUCCAGACCCCAGAAUUUACAGAUCUGGUGUUGGCCUAGGGACUGCAGUUUUAGAUUCCAUGGCACUUGACUUGUGCACAGAGCUGGCUGCGGAGAGGUGACACCCUUCUCCCUACACUCCCAGUGGGGCCCUCACCUGAGACCCGGGCUCUGCACCGUGCCCUUUGACUUCCACUGUCUGUGCCAGUGUGAACUUGCCCUACCUCCUCAUGUGCUGUGUUCUUGGAAAGGCCUCAGCAGCCGUGGGCUCAGGCUAACAGCUCACUUUGCACCCAGCAGCUGGCUGUCCUCAGAGCGCUCUGAUGCUGGGCCCCUUCUCUGUGCAGGAUGACCUGCCUACCUACCUGGGAGCCCCAGCGCCGCCUGCAGGGGCCUGGGGACCUGGUUUCUGUCAGGGCUCAGCUCCCCAGGCAGCUGUGGUGGGAAGGCAGGCAUGGGAGCCACAGGGGCAAGCAAGCCCUGUCCUGGGCCCAGGGGGAGCCACCCCACAAAUCCUGGAGAUGUGUCUAUCAUCAGACCAGAAGGAAGCAGUCUUUUCAGCCCCCUUGCCAGACACGCUAAGCCCUGUCGGGCUGUUUCUCCCUAGAAAACAAGAACAGAGCUCUUGCUGCCAGCCGGCCCCAGGGGCAGUUUAUUUCUCACUGGAGCCUGAGGCCAGACACAAAGUGGCUUCCCAGGAAACCCACAGAGUUCAACUCCAUUGGCCAGGACCCCGCAGCCUUGCCGCAUCCCCGCUGCCCUCCAGAGAGCCUCUGCCCGCUCGCCUGUCCACAGGGUCUGCGGGCCCCGCAUCUCUUCCCCUCCCUGAGCUAUGUACUCUGAGGAGGCACGAAGUCCCCUGGGGGCUUGCAGCUCCAGGGCCCUCUGGGAGCAGGAGGCAAGACUUUGUCACAGCUUGGUGAGGCGAGGGGGCGCCAGUCUCCAGAUCCCCACUCUCCCAGUCCUGGUCUUCUGCCCCGUGGGGCCAUGACAUCAUUUGCAGGGGCUGAGCCAUGGCAGCUGCCGUCACCGUUGCCCCUUCAGCCAAUGCACAGGGAGAACCAAGUUCUGAACAGAAUUAGUCCUGGAGGUAGAAGAAGUAGAAGAACCAAAUCGCCAGGAAGAAGAGGAGCAGCUGUUCGGUGCUCACCGAGUAUCCAGUCUGUCUGCAGCUGGGCGGCCGGGCCCUGCAGCCUCUGGGUGCUGGGGCUGGGUAGGUCCCCCUAGCCCCACACCUGUCCUGCUUCUUCCUGUGGGUCUCCAGCUUGAGGCCACUCAGCUGUUGGGCUCUUUCCCAUUCACCAGAAAUGGGUCCCUCUGACGCCUGGCUGCUGGAAGUAGGUCUGCAGACAAAGAGACCUGCCCCUGGAGGGAACCGCCCACGCUCCUGCUGCUCAGCCUCCCCCUGUGGCAUUGUGACAGUGGGCUGCCUGCCAUUGUGAUGGUGGUGGGCGGGGGAGGGAGCUGCUGCGCGCGGCCCCUCCCUCAGAUCCCCUGUAGGCAGUCUGUAAGCAGGCCCCAGCCUGCAGCUGCCCCUGCUGUCCCCUCACCUGGCCUCACAGCCCACUGCACAGUGGCAUCUGCCAGUUCUGGGUUGGAAGGGGAGUGGCUGGGCUGAGAGUCUGCCCAAAGCUGCACUGGCCAGUGUGGUGGGUUCUAGCCACAUUUAACUACUUAAAUAAAUAAAACAAAACAGUUCCUUGGUCUCGCCAGCCACAUUUCACAUACUUGAUGGCUGCAUGUGGCUAGUGCCUGCUGUACUGGACAUCCUGAUAGAGACCAUUACAGAAAGCUGGGCAGUGCUGGGCCAAAACAUGACCUGUGAGAGCCUGGCUCUGGCUGUCGCCUUCCUUCUCAUGCACCUAUGCCCUGGGAGAGGCAGGAAGCACCCACACACUGGGGUGGAGAGCAGGGUAGUGAGGGAGAAUCACAUGGGCCUGACCUUUGUCCCCGAUCCCUACACUGGGCGCCAGCUGUGACGCUCUCCCUCCCCGGAAGGCUCCGUCUGCCACUCAGCAAAGGCCCAGAGAGGCGACAGGAUCUCCAGAGCAGCACAGGGAGAGAUGAGGACAGAGAACCAAGAGGAGUCUGCUGGUGGCUUCGCGUCUUCCACCGAGGUUGGCAUCAGUAACAGGACACCACCCAAAACCACAGUGCUUCCCUUAACAUUUCCCAGACAUUGCCCUUGCCAUUGGACAUGACUGUCAGCUCCUGAGCAGAAUAAGCCAGGGGAACCCUGGAAAAGAGUGGUCCGGGGGCCUGUGUUGUACACAGUGGGUUGAGCCACUGCCUGGAAUGCCUGCAGCCCAUAUCAGAGUGCCAGUUCCAGUUCAGGUCGGGAAGGGGGAGAGCUAAUCCAUGGUUACACAGACAGAUCGACAAAAUAAAAAUGCAGAUCAGGCCCAGCAGCAUAAAGAAAUUGAAUACAUUAUAAAGCAGCGUUGCAAAUGGAUGGGGAAAAUGGGUCUUUCAGCAGGUGGUUCCUGGAGUCACUGGGAGAACAGAACCAGGUAACACCAGAGGAAAAUGGAAACAAGAGAAUUCCUGUAUAAUCUGGGGGUGAGAAAACUUUGGUAACUGAUUCAAAAUUCAGACAUGGGAAGGGAAAGACUGGAAAAUUGGACUGCUUGAGAGAAAAAUUCUUACGCAUCAUCCUAUAUGCGCACCCGUGUGUGUUGUGGCUGCUUCACUCCUAACCCAGCUCCCUGCUAAUGUACCUGGGAAGGCAGUGGAAGAUGGCCCAAGUGCUUGGGCCCCUGAAACCUAGGUGGGAGACCUGGAUGAAGUUCCAGGAUUCUGACUUCAGCCUGGUCCAGCCCUGGCUGUUUGGUCCAUUUGGGAAGUGAACCAGCAGAUGGAAGAUCUCCCUGUGUCUUUCUCUGACACUUUGCCUUUCAAAUAAAUAAAAAUAAAUCUUAAAAAAAAAUUACAAGGGAUUGGCGCUGUGGUGUAGCAGGUAAUAAAGCUGCCACCUGCAGUGCCAGCAUCCCAUAUGGGCACUGGUUCGAGUCCCAGCUGCUCCACUUCCGAUCCAGCUCUCUGCUAAGGCCUGGGAAAGCAGAAGUUGGCCCAAGUCCUUGGGCCCCUGAACCCUCAUGGGAGACCUGGAAGAAGCCUCUGACUCCUUGCUUCGGAUCAACAGCUCUGGUCAUUUGGGGAGUGAACCAGCAGAUCAAAGACUUCACUCUCUCUGCCACUGCCUCUCUGUAAC